CAUCAUGACUUUUCAUCUUCCCUGGGCCUGUGUAAUAAUUGGCUGUAUUUUUGUUUCUUUAGGAAGAGCAUCCAACACCCCAGAUGUGUAUCCCCCUCUGUGGAAAGAGAGUCCUGGUCAGUUCAGUGACUACAAGGUAGAAGAUGGAAAGUACAUCAUUAAUAUCUGGCAUUACCUUGAGAGACUGGGGACAUAUAAAAUCCUACUGAACAAGACAGCCAAGUAUUUUGAAAAAUUUGCACCAGAAAAUGAACAAAAUAUUUUAUGGGGAUUGCCUGUGCAUCAUGGAUGGCAAUAUCGUACAGGCAGAUUAGCUGAUCCCACCCAAAGGACAAACUGUGGCCAUGAAUCUGGAGAUUAUCUUUGUAUCUCUGUGGAUAGUUGGUGGGCUGACCUAAAUUACUAUCUCUCUGCAAUGCCCUUCCUUGCUGCGGUUGAUUCUGGCAUAAUGGGAAUAUCAUCAGAUAAUAUCACCUUUCUGCCACCAUCCAAGGAUCAGAUGAAUUUCUGUUAUAAUGUUUCUAGCUGUUAUUCAUCCUUUCCAGAAACAAUGAAAAAAUGGAGUAAAUUUUACUAGCAGGUAAAGUCAUAUUCUAGUAGUUUUGAGGACCUGUUGAAAUACUUAUGGGCUGCACAUGUGUCAUCCUUGAAGGUUGCUCAUAAAAAAUUUGGCAAUAGGUUAAAAUUUUAUUCUAAACAAGAAGCAGAUUUUGAAAGAAGCUGGGCCUUGUUUGUGGACUAUUUAGCCCCACCCCUCUUCCCUACAACUUUGAUUAGAACAGCUGAAUUCCAGAAGGGCCUGCCAACACGAAUGCUUGUUGAUGGAGAUAAAGCCCCCCUGGUCAGUGACUUUACUAGCUUUCAGAAUACGGUCUUGCUUGGUCUAAAUUUUCUCCACAAAGUGCAUAAGUAUACAGGAAAACUAUCAUUCAUUGUAUGGAAAACUUUAAUGAAGUUCAAAGUUGCAAGGAAACUAUUUCUAGAGAUUUUGGAAUUAAUUCUUCACUGUUUUAACUAAAUGCUUCUGGAAACUUACAAUAAAAUAAAA